AUGGAGCCUGUCAUAAGAGCAGAUGCAGAGCAGGCAGAGCUCCCCAUGAGAUCCUUCACCACCAGAGAUGAUAAACAGAUGGGGAAAUCUGUUGGGAAAUGCAUUGACGUAAGAGCGGAUUUCUCAUCCCCCCUCUUUGUGCCUUACCGUGCCUCCUCCGCUUCUGCCGUACCGUACCUGGAUUUUCCCCAAUUUUUCAACGUCAUUUGGGAUUCUGAUCUUGUCAUCCCAGUGCUUGCGGUCCAGCACGACCUGCGUAUUCUAGAAAUGCAUUCCCUGGGUUAUCAUUCAAUGGACUAUAUCGUGGAAUAUGACUAUGAUGCAGUGCAUGAUGACGAGCUAACGAUCCGAGUUGGGGAAAUCAUCAGGAAUGUGAAAAAACUGGAAGAAGAAGGAUGGCUAGAAGGGGAGCUAAAUGGCAAAAGGGGCAUGUUUCCUGACAAUUUUGUGAAGGAAGUUAAGAAGGAUGUAGAGCCCAAGGAUGAUGCCGUACCACUCAGGAGGGAGAAAUCUGGCAAUGUAGCCAGUCUUGUGCAGCGUAUGAGCAGCUAUGGGCUUCCAGCAGGAGGAUUUCAGCCUCAUCCCCCGUCCAAAAGCUUCAAGAAGAGGUCUAAGAAGCGGCAGUGCAAAGUGCUCUUCGAAUACAUCCCACAGAAUGAGGAUGAGCUGGAACUCAAGCCGGGGGAUGUGAUCGACAUCAGUGAAGAGGUAGAAGAAGGCUGGUGGAGCGGAACACUAAAUGGCAAGGCAGGGUUGUUUCCUUCAAACUUUGUGAAAGAAUUGGACUCAACGGAUGAUGGAGAAACACAGGACGCUCUGGAUGACACAGAGUCUGUUUUCAGUGGUCCUACCUCACCUGUGGUCUCUCCAGGAAAUGGGAGUGAACCUGGAUCUGGACCAGCACAGCCAAAGAAAAUACGAGGUAUUGGAUUUGGAGAUAUCUUUAAAGAAGGCUCAGUGAAACUUAAGACAAGAUUAUCCAGUAAUGAAUCAGAAGAUAAAAAGCAAGAUAAGCCAUCACCUAACCAUCCCUCUGGAACAAAGCUAAUUCACUUUCCCAGUACAACGAAAACUGAAAACUUGUCAGAAGUAGUAAAGUCAGAAGCGGAAAGUAAACCAAAAGCCAAGGAAUAUUGCAGGACAAUAUUUUCCUAUGAAGGCUCAAAUGAUGAACUCAGCUUUAAAGAAGGCGAGAUCAUUCAAAUAAUCAGUAAGGAUACUGGAGAGCCAGGCUGGUGGAAAGGAGAACUCAAUGGUAAAGAAGGAGUCUUCCCAGAUAAUUUUGCUGUUCAAAUACAAGAGUCUGAUAAAGACUUCCCUAAGCCAAAGAAACCUCCGCCUCCAGUUAAAAGUCCAGCUCCAAAGCCUGAACUGCCAACUGGAGAGAAGAAAUUCCCUUCUUUGAGGCCUGAAGAAAAAGAUGACAAAGGAGCUUUGGAUCAGAAGCCUUUGAAGCCACAGGCUCCCCAAGUACCACCCAAGAAGCCUAUUCCUCCAAGCAAGACUAACAGCUUACUGAGAGCGGGGCUUCUGCACCCAAAACGUCCGGAUAAACCAGUUUUGCCAUCAUCUGUAUCCAGAUCUAACGGAGAAGUUGUUUCUCUUCGACCAAAAUCUGAAGUUGAGCCAGUAGCAAAACCAAAAUUAGACUCUGAACCAUUACCACUUAGACCAAAAUCAGCAGAGGUAGAUUCACUUGUGGUAAAGAGCUCUAAGGAAUCAGAUCUGUUAAGCUUUGACGAUGUAAUAGCUACCUCAGUUAAUCUAUCACACCCCACUGCAAACCGACCCAAGAUGACUGGCAGGAGGCUGCCUUCGCGUUUCAGUAGCAGUAUUCCUGCAAGUCAAAAUGUGAGUCCAGAAAAAAAUCUGAAGGUGCAGAAAGAAGAAGAAAGUGCCAAACCAAAGCCAGUUGAAACGAAAAAGCCAUCUGCAUUCAGUCCACCAAUUCCAUCUUCAUCUCAGAGACCGAGUUCUGUUAUACUCAACUUUUUUCCUGGAGACAUCCAGCUUAAAGGAGAAACGGAUGAUGAAAAAAUUUCUGUGGAAGAGCUCAGGACUCAGAUUAAAGAUUUGAUGGGUUUAGUAGACGCACUGCAGAAAGAACAUGGGAGAGAACUGGAAAAACUAAGGAAGGAUUUGGAAGAGGAGAAGCUGUUGCGAAGCAAUCUGGAGCUUGAAGUAGAAAAAUUGAAGAAAGCAGUGAUGUCUACAUGA